AUGCCAGCUAUAAAGAAGCGCAAGGUUGCCGACGAGGCGCCUGCACCUGCAGAUGAUAGCGAUGCCAGCUCUGUGAGCUCCCAGUCUGGAGCUGAGGCCACCAACCCCGACGAGACUGCCGCCGACGAGAAGCCCGCCGCCGCUCCCAAGACAUUCAAAGAGUUGGGGGUCAUCGAUUCGCUAUGCCAGGCUUGCGAGAGUCUAGGAUACAAGGCUCCUACCGCAAUUCAAGCGGAAGCAAUUCCAUUAGCUCUCACAGGCCGUGAUCUGAUCGGUUUGGCCGAAACAGGUUCAGGAAAAACUGCUGCGUUCGCCUUGCCCAUCCUGCAAAGCCUGAUGGAUGCGCCGCAGGCGUUCUUCGGUCUUGUCCUGGCGCCAACUCGCGAGCUGGCAUAUCAGAUCUCCAAGUCUUUUGAAUCGUUGGGAUCUACUAUCAACGUCCGGACCACAGUCAUCGUCGGAGGCAUGGAUAUGGUUCCCCAGUCCAUCGCCCUAGGAAAGAAGCCGCACAUCAUCGUUGCGACUCCGGGUCGACUGCUCGACCAUCUCGAGAACACAAAGGGAUUCUCCCUCCGGGGUUUAAAGUAUCUGGUUAUGGACGAGGCCGACCGUCUGCUAGACAUGGAUUUUGGACCCCUCCUCGAUCGGAUUCUCCGGGUCCUUCCCAAGGAGCGUCGUACAUUUCUUUUCUCCGCGACUCUCAGCUCGAAAGUCGAGUCACUACAGCGCGCUUCUCUUUCUAACCCGCUCCGUGUUUCCGUCAGCUCGAGCAAGUACCAGACCGUGUCGACCCUUCAACAAUAUUUCCUUCUCAGGCCGCAUAAGCACAAGGAUGUCUACCUGGUGUAUCUACUGAACGAGUUCAUUGGCCAAUCGGCCAUCAUUUUCACGCGCACUGUCCAUGAGACUCAGCGCGUUGCCUUCCUCCUCCGCUCCCUUGGCUUUGGCGCGAUUCCUCUUCACGGCCAACUUUCACAAUCGUCGCGACUCGGGGCUUUGGCCAAGUUCCGCUCCCGCAGCCGAGAAAUCCUUGUCGCCACGGACGUUGCCGCUCGCGGUCUUGAUAUCCCCUCCGUUGACGUCGUUUUGAACUUUGACUUGCCCACGGAUAGCAAAACCUACAUUCACCGCGUCGGGCGUACCGCUCGAGCAGGAAAAUCCGGUGUUGCCAUUAGCUUUGUGACGCAGUAUGAUGUGGAGAUCUGGCAGCGAAUCGAGGGCGCUUUGAGCCGCCAGCUUCCGGAGUACGAUGCCGCGAAGGACGAGGUUAUGGUGCUCGCUGAGAGAGUAGGCGAGGCCCAGCGCGCGUCGAUCAUGGAGAUGAAAGCCUUUGACGAGAAGAAGGGAACUAAGGGGAAGAGGUUUGGAAAGGGCAAGCGCUCUCGUGACGAGAUGGAUCAGGAGGAGGGUUAA